AUGCUGCAUUUGGACGGUCAACUUAACCAGGACCGUCUCCUGAGCUCGGGUGCUCGGUUGAGAACGAAAAGUGGAUGUGCCGAAUGUCGGCGGCGCCGAAAGAAGUGCGAUGAGAAACGUCCCCGAUGCGGAGGCUGUACUCGAAAUGAUUUUGAAUGUCGAUGGACUACCGACACCCAGACUGUGGACCGACGAAGGUAUCGAAAAACGUCUGACUCCCGGCAGCGGAUAUGUUCCUCGGCUUCAGGAACAGCCACCACCAAUGCAGACGACGGAGCUCACACAAUGACCACGGUCACUGUGUCUGAUGUCCGCCCAGGACGGUCUCUCCCGCCGCCUGUCAGCAUGCCCGAGCCGUUUCACAAGAACGAGCAUCUGCGGAUAUACCGGUUCUUCGCGCACUCCAUGUCACCGAAACUUGUCCGGCAGACUUCGUUAUCCAGGUAUUCCCAAGACUUUCACAUCGCCCGCCUGGCCCUUGCUCACCCUCCUCUCAUGGGAGCCCUAAUUGCUCUCACUGGAAUGAAGAUGUCAUCGCAAUCAUCCAAUCUCCAAUCGCUGGCUCUACAAAGCUACCUAUUUGCCAUAACAAGCAUAAAGACGGCUCUAAUGGAAGGACGACAUACCGGUACUGAGGAUUGGCUUCUGGCCACGACCACCUUGUUGUGUCUUUUUGAAAACUCUCGCUGCGAUGCGAUGCCUCAGGCCAGGUCUCAUGUGCUGGCCUCAGGCCAGAUGUUGUCCCUUCGCAGGCCUAAACCCCGAAACGCCUCGCAAGAGGCUAUUGUCUUUGAACGCAUUUGCGUAGAAUCAUUCCUGUAUCACGCCGCUCUUCUCGCCCUGUUUGAUCCUUCAGUCGACUGCCUGCCUCUUAUCAAGGGCGAUUUAAAUCUGGAGGGCUAUUUUUCCGACCCAGAUCACCCAGACGACAUCCCCCCAGGGACCCUGACGUCCACCCAGCCGGUUCUGGAUGCGUCCUAUAAGUUUUUUCUUCUGGUUCUUGAUAUUACAAAGCUGGCUCAAUCGUCACCCCUGGCCACCACUGCUGAGUUUGAGACGUGGUCUCGAUUGCAAGAUAUGGUGGUUCAUUGGGAGAAGACGAUCGACAACCAGCAAACGUCUAAUUCAGAGAACCACGUCGGAAGACUCUAUGCUGUGGCGAUCCGAAUUCUACUUGUACACGCAGAUCCCAGGUGCUCCUUGACCGACUGGGUCCAGUCGAUGGAAUUGUAUCUUCUACGAGGCCUGGAGAUCAUUACAGCAUUGGUUGUUGACGAGUGGUUUUCGUUCUACUAUCUGUGGCCGCUAUUAGUCGUGGGCUCAGUGGCCGUCCUACAUGAAGCGAAGCAGAUCGUCCAAGCUAAGCUUUUCCAGGUAGCAAACACCCGACAAGGCGGGCCUAUUUCUCUGGCACACUACCGCCUGCAGAAAGUCUGGAGAGCAGGUGCUCAGUAUAGUGACUCUGAUCGUGGACAGGUUAUGGCAAGGCAGCUGCAGACCCUGCUCAAGGAGGACUGA